CUCCUCCUCCUCCUCCUCCUCGCAGGCUGUGGUUUUUCUGUAUGUGUUUCUGGAGUCCUGAGCCUGAGCUAAACAAAAGCAGGAGGCUGACGGGGCUGCCGGAGUUUGCAGAGACACGGAGGAGGAGAGAGCCUGUGCUCUGCCUGCCGCCGCGGCCGGGGGAGAUCUGGCUUUUGCAACAGCCCACCCCCUUUGAGAUCACUCUGGCCCGGAGUGGGGGUGGGGGGCAGCGGGGGGUGGGGGGGAAAGUUUGCAUUGCAAUCCCCCUGCCUUCCUCUCCUUUCUCCCGAUCAAUGCAUAUUUGCAAAAGGAUUAAGCCACAGAUUUAAGCGCCGGGAGCCCAUUUCUGCCUUGCAAAGGAGACCGGACUGAAAAACCAAAAGCCAGCUCUGAUUUCUUUUCGUCAAGUGGGAAGGUGGUUUAUUUUUCUUGCUUUUUUGGAGUCAACACCCUUCUCCACCAGCCCUUAUCCCCACCCUCACCCCGCAACCCCUUCACGCCCCCCUCCCCCUCCCCACUCCCCAUCCUCCCACCAGCCUCUAAAAGAGGCAAAGGGAUUUUUUUUUUUUUUCUUCUGGUCUUCUUUUUUCCCCCCUUCCCUGUUUAUCCUGAAAAGGAUCUGAAGCCAGCUUGAAGGAUAAAAAGCCUUGGUGCUGCCCAGGAGCCGAGCCGAGGAGCAGAAGAGGAAGAGCCGGGGGCUGCUGUUGCCUUUGGAGAUGGACGAGCAGCCCAGGCUGAUGCAUUCCCAUGCUGGGGUCGGGAUGGCCGGACACCCCGGCCUGUCCCAGCACUUGCAGGAUGGGGCCGGAGGGACCGAGGGGGAGGGCGGGAGGAAGCAGGACAUUGGAGACAUUUUACAGCAAAUUAUGACCAUCACAGACCAGAGUUUGGAUGAGGCGCAGGCCAGAAAACAUGCUUUAAACUGCCACAGAAUGAAGCCUGCCUUGUUUAAUGUGUUGUGUGAAAUCAAAGAAAAAACAGUCUUGAGUAUCCGGGGAGCCCAGGAGGAGGAGCCGACAGACCCCCAGCUGAUGCGACUGGACAACAUGCUGCUGGCCGAGGGGGUGGCGGGCCCCGAGAAGGGUGGUGGCUCGGCGGCAGCCGCAGCCGCAGCGGCGGCUUCGGGAGGCGCGGGCUCAGACAACUCCGUGGAGCACUCCGAUUACAGAGCCAAGCUGUCCCAGAUCAGACAGAUCUACCACACGGAGCUGGAGAAGUACGAGCAGGCGUGCAACGAAUUUACCACCCACGUGAUGAACCUGCUGCGGGAGCAGAGCCGGACCAGGCCCAUCUCCCCCAAGGAGAUCGAGCGUAUGGUCAGCAUCAUCCACCGCAAAUUCAGCUCCAUCCAGAUGCAACUUAAGCAGAGCACAUGCGAGGCCGUCAUGAUCCUGCGCUCCCGGUUUCUGGACGCGCGGCGGAAGAGACGGAAUUUCAACAAGCAAGCAACGGAAAUCCUGAAUGAAUAUUUCUAUUCCCAUCUCAGCAACCCUUACCCCAGUGAGGAAGCCAAAGAGGAGUUAGCCAAGAAGUGUGGCAUCACAGUGUCCCAGGUAUCAAACUGGUUUGGAAAUAAGCGAAUCCGGUACAAGAAGAACAUAGGUAAAUUUCAAGAGGAAGCCAAUAUUUAUGCUGCCAAAACGGCUGUCACUGCUACCAAUGUGUCAGCCCAUGGAAGCCAAGCUAACUCACCCUCGACUCCUAACUCAGCUGGUGGAUACCCUUCGCCAUGUUAUCAGCCAGACAGGAGGAUACAGUGACGGACUCGCAGCCAGUCAGAUGUACAGUCCGCAGGGCAUCAGUGCUAAUGGAGGUUGGCAGGAUGCCACUACCCCUUCAUCAGUGACCUCCCCUACAGAAGGCCCUGGCAGUGUUCACUCUGAUACCUCCAACUGAUCUCCCAGCAAUCGCAUCCCGGCUGACCCUGUGCCCCAGUCGGGACAGGGCCAGGAGGGAGGGUUUCUCUCCCAACGCUGAAGCGGUCAGACUGGAGGUCGAAGCAAUCAGCAAACACAAUAAGAGUCUCCUUCUCUUCUCUUCUUUGGGAUGCUAUUUCAGCCAAUCUGGACACUUCUUUAUACUCUCUUCCCUUUUUUUUUUCUGGGUAGAAGCCACCCUUCCCUGCCUCCAGCUGUCAGCCUGGUGCCCGCCAUCUUUCCCGCCCCUUCCCUCUGUCCUAGACUCCCGGGGCCCCCGCCCUCUCUUACAUCACGGAAGGAUAUUUUCAACCAUUAGAGGAAUUUAAAGAGGAAAGAAAAUACAAAGAAAAUAAUAAACGUGUUUGUAUGUUUUCACGCUGGUGGUUUGAGGAGCCAGAUUUACCUCACUCGGAUCCCUCGCUCCCUCUGUGAACAGGCAGCCCUCCUCAGUUUCUCUUCUUACUCUCACUACCUCUUAGCAGGAAUGCGCAACGUUGCCCCACUCAUUCAGGCCCCCUGCCUUCUCUUGCUCUCCCCUCCCUGGGCCAGCUCCGCUUAGAACACUUCUUCCUCUUCCUCCCCAGCCCUAGCUGUGCCCUGGGGACUGCCAUAGCUGGGCUUCUAAAGGUGCCACAUUUUCCGGUCUCACCUCCACUCGGUUGAUCCCCAGGCAGGAAGUCAAGCAGCAGGAGAGGACGGAAGCAACCAGAAGGGCAGAAUUCUCGGAGACUUUCUCCUCCUUCUCCUAACAGCUCUUGGUUUCAGAGGCACAGUCUUUGGAGACCAUGCAACUCUUAGUAAGCGAGGUCCAGGACCUACCGCAAAACCAGAUCCGAGUGGGCAUGGCGACGAACGAACCGCUACAGAGUAGAACGUUCUCACCCCGAAACCCUUCAACGGCACCUUCUCGCACACGCACGCGCGCGGUCUCACACGUUCACUUUCUCCAGAUCCGUCACAGGCCGCUUGCAAAAAUAACCCACGUUAGCAACCGCAGCAGUUAGCCCAGGAGAGGGAAUUAGCGGCUCUGAGCGAGGCUCACCGAGACAGAGAAACAGCACGUGCCUGAACCUUCCAGGCCCCGCGGCCCCCCCCGGCUUGCACGCAGAACUGCAUACACGGGACCAAUCACGGUGGAAGCCAGGUUUGCAGUGUAAGCUCUUCCCGUUCCCAGCACCUCUGGACUCUCAGGGAGCCACGCACAGUACUUAGCAAUGUCUGCAAUGGCUUUGGUUCUGUUCUGGUUUUGUUUUUAUAUUAGGGACAUUGCAUUAAUUGUCCGGAGUGUUCCGUGGCGCCACAUUCUUGUCCUGGAGGGGUUGUGUGAGCACGCGGCCCAGGCACGUUUUGCCAGCUUCAUUUGAAGACCUGGGAGCGACGGGGAAAGGGGCGGCGGUGUUCUCCGUGAAAUCGUCCCAGUGAUUUUCAUUCCCCGGGAAUGUCUUGAGAGCAGAGUUGCGUACUAGAGAGUUACUCAGUAGUGUCACCUGAGCUUACAUUCCUCCUAGCCAGCUGUGCCAGUGGGAACAAUGGCGGCUCUGUAACUUGACUCAGUGGAAGCAGGUUGGUCAGAUCUCUCAGUGCCUCAUCUUCUUCAUCUGUGAAAUGGGGAUUCUUAGGCCUGGCUUACCAAGAGGCUUGUGAGAGACCGAAGAAAUUGAUUUCGUUCGUAUGCGAUCCGUAAACGUGAAGUCAGGGGAAGUGUUAUCUCCAAGCUAACCCAGUUCAUGCCACGUAGGGGCAACAUACGGUUUCCCUGUUCCAGCGUCUAGGUAGCAUCAGUAUCCUGAGGUCAUUGCCACGAUGACAAAGGAAGGGAUGGUGUUGCUUUUUUGUUUGUUUUGGUCUGUGUGGUUCCAUAGACUAGAGCGAAGCCUCCGAACUAGAAAAAUAGGGCCCGGUUCUCUUCGUUUGUACUUGAAUCCAGCACGUGGCCCUGUAAGUACGGAGUCCCCUGUCACACGCACUCUGCUCGGAGAGGCCCGUGGGAGAAAUAUAAGACCCUGAGGGGCGAGGAUGGCCAUCUAACAAGGUCAUGGAAAUCGUGCAUGGCACUCCAGUAAGGAAUAGAAACUUCCUGUGUGUACUGGGGAGAGGGGUUACCUAAGAAACGGGAAGGUGUGUGACUUUGAAGGAGAGGCAAAAAGUAAAUCUUUGGCAAGCUGGGAUAAGGCCGUGAUGACUAAAAGCAGUGGAAAGGUUGCGUCUGCUGACCUGUGCCCCAAUCAGAACAGGGCUCCGUAGGGAGGCUUCUUGGCAAGAGCCAUCUUGCGACCGACCACCCCGUAGUUGUAGAGCCAGAGGAGAGUCUUGCUUAGCAUCAGGAAUCUAAACCACCCACACAGGAGGACAGUUGGAACACAUAGCUGACUGAGCACAGUACAGAAGAGACCCAAAAGGGUUCUCUGGGACACAGGAAGAAUGAUUCCAGAUUUGGGUUGAGUCAUUGCCGUUUGAAGUUGAUGACGCAGAGCAGAGCUGCAUUUGCACAGACGGUUUCUCUCCCGCCGGAGUGUGCACUGAUUCUCACCUCUCCCAGCACCUUCCCAACCCAGCACUUCUCUCCGCCCUGUCUGCUCCAGUUUUCCACCACCUCCCUUCCACGCCCUCCGUCACGUCCAACAUGGCAGCCACCAGAUCCCCCGACGGUAAGCGAAGCAUGGGAUCUCUGGCGGCAGAAGGAAGGGGAUGGAGAGAGCGUGCCUCUGGAAAUACAGCUCCCUGGGAAUCCACAUUAGGUCAAUCCUACAGAUACCAAAAUGUGCCCCAGGACUCCUGCAUUUUCUGACAGGAGCGAGAACGCUCCAUCUUCCCUGGCAGCCGAUUUCCCCUGAGAAAAAGUAGCCCUUGGGUUUGCCCACCUUGUAACUCUUCAUCACCUCUUCCUCUUCAUCCCUGACUCCUUCCCCUGGCGUGAAACUGACGCCUGUGCAGUACUUUGUGACAAGUGGCACCUUCCUUACAUUGAUUCUUUUUACUUUGCUGUGGUGGUGGUUCUUUAUUUGCUGGUCGUCUUCUCUCACGUACCUUCCCCGCCCCCCCCCCACCUCUUUUCCUUCUGAGUUUUAUUUUUCUGCCCAGAAAAACCUGACUUCGAUACCAAAAAAAAAAAAAAGAUGAAACUACAGAAACUCAAAUUUAAAAAAAACUUAAAAAAAAUACAAAAAAAAAUACUCGACGAUUCUUUCAGCUUUAUUAACAUUUUCCAUUGUUUCUUGCGACUUGUGUCUCGUUCUUUGUAGUAUUGAUGAUGAACAUUUGAUAAUGAAUGUUCUUGUAUAUUCAGAUAAAGAAAAAAAAAAACCAAAAAAGCGGUCUGGAUUUAAUAGUGUUUAUAAUAAAAAUUUUAAAAAAUGACCCUCAUGGCACGCAAAACAGGAUGGGGGGGCUACCCUCUUCUCUCUGUGACAAUACGCAUCAUUCCUGCAUUUGUUUCUCACGCCAGACUACCUACAUUAAUCAUUUCCCCCAUUUUUCUUUUAUUUUCUUGCAUUUGUGAAUUAGUUCAAGAAUGCUAGAAAAGUGUCGAGUUGUGCACAUUCAUUUCCUGUUUCACAAUGUUUAAAAGUGACAGUAAUUCAUUUUGUAAACUAAAAAAAAGAAAAAAAAAGAAAAAAAAAAGGUUGGGAUAGUGAAGCAUCAUAGGUACAACCUAACAUGUUAUGUUUAUUAACUUUGAGACCCAGAAAUAAAUUCUUUUCUUUCUUUCUUCCUACUCUUUAAAAUAUAAAAAAAAAAAUUAUGUUUUGUGUUAUUUUUGGUUUGUUUAUUACGGGGGGGGUGCUUUUUUUUUUUUUUAAUUGUCAGGAUUUUGCUCUUGCUGUUUUUAUUCCUUAAAUAUGUACACGAGGUGAUGUGAAAAGAUGACAUUGGUAGAGUAGGCGGUUUCCCUGUGCUUCUAUUUGGCUCCGGAAUUCAGUUGACUUCAAAGACAAAGAUGAAGCCCAUCGUGAUGUCACAUCGCUCCCCUGUAUUUCCAGAGCGUGUGGCAUUCCCACAGUCCCCGAGAAAAACACAGUCAGGGACCUGGGUUCUCCUUUUGGCCCUUUACAAAUUCAACGAGUCGGUCCAGGAGACAUUUUAUAAGGAAGGGAAAGACUUUUCGCCCUUUGUUGCCUGUGAAUGUCACAACAAAGUGCUUUCUUUCUUCCUGAUUAAUAACAACAUUCCAUGAGCCCUCUUACAACCAGAGAGGAUUUUUCUUCCAGAAGCAUCCCACAGGAAAUCCUGGUGUGAUGGACCAUUGGCUGCAUAGACUCGAUCCAGGACGCCAUCCCUGGGGUCGGUCAGUCGGCCUACUGAUCUCUUGAAUCCUGAUUUUGGACGAAGAGUUGAGAAAUCGAGCCCGACUCAGUGCUCUCCUUUUAAUGGCGAGAGGUGAAGUUUGAUUUCUUGACGACAAACCUCUUCUACGUCUCUGAUGUAGGCGGCUGCUUCAAGCAAACGGUUAAACUGGCUUGAUUUGGAAUGUUUUUUAUUAGUUCUAGGGGAAAAGAAAGCAGUAUGAUCUGGAAGAAGCUUAUUAUAAAUAUCUUGCAUUCAACAAAUGAUUAAGUGUCCAGAAAGCAACCAGAAAGUGUAGGCCACAGUGCAGGACCGCGGAACAAAGGUUUGCCAGUGUUUCUGCCCACACACCUGCACGCUUGUUCCUGAGUCAACAAAAUAAUGACGAGCUUUUCACAUCACCUUUACGGUUUCAACACCCAGCUCAAAGCUUUCUGGAAUCUUCUAUUUUUUGUAAACUUUUUUUUUUUCCUUUUGUUAAAAUUAAUAAAACAUUCAAUGUUUUUCCCCUUUCCUCUCUUACGACUUCCUUUCUUUCCUUUGGCGUUUUCCAUGAUUUUGAAGUGCUAUCCUUUGGUUGUUGGUUUUAUUCUCCUGCUCCCCUCCCCUGUUCUUAUUAUUCAGAGUAUAAACCUACAAAGUUCUGCUCUGUUUUUGGUUUUGAAAGUUUAAGCUUUUCUGCUUCUGUGAGAGCACAGGCUUCGGUCCCUUUUGAUUCCAACUGAACUUUUGUGUUCUCUAAUGAUACUAACACGGUGUAGGUUUGACAGUCUCCUAAUUUGUACUGGUAAUGCAUAUUCCAAAUAAAUAGUUUCUUUUGUUGCAAAAAAUAUA